CAUUCUGGGAAGAGUGAGUGGCAGUCUAUGACGGAAUUAUGGCUGUCCUGUGGCAGUCCACAACCCCUCAUGCGGAGAAUAGACAUGCCACACUCUGCUACCUGGCCAGUAUAUAAGAGUAACGACCUCUCUGGCUUGGAAUCAUAUCAUCACCACCCACCAAGUCAGGACAGUGCGAUACUCAUCUCAACUACUGCACAGUCAGAACCACUACCGUUACCACCAUUACCAUGUCCCUCCAUCCACUCAUUGACAAUGGGAUCAUCAAAGGACGUCCGAACUUUAGCGGCGGAAAGCUUUACUGUCGCUGUUCUUCGAACAAAGUGGAAAUCUCCCUGAAGAGUAAUGUCGCCCACAACCACGCCUGCGGCUGCUCCAAGUGCUGGAAACCAUCCGGUGCACUCUUCUCCAUCGUUGGCGUUGUGCCACGCGAAAGUCUCUCGGUCACCGCCAACGAAUCCCAGCUCAUUAUCGUCGACGAAUCAGCUGCGAUACGACGCCAUGCCUGUAAGGAUUGCGGUGUGCACCUCUACGGCCGGAUUGAAAAGGAGCAUCCGUUCAAGGGGCUGGAUUUUGUGCAUGUUGAGCUCUCAAACGAGGAAGGAUGGCAAGAGCCGCAGUUUGCCGGCUUUGUGUCAUCUAUUAUUGAGCAGGGGUUCAACCCCAAGGGUAUGGAUGAAGUACGGGCAAGGUUCAAAGCAGUUGGUUUGGAUACGUACGAUGUUUUGUCACCGCCGCUUAUGGACCUUAUCGCAACCUUUAACGCACAGAAGGCAGGCUUCAGUUUUGUGGCAUCUUGA